GUCUAGAAUCUUAGGUAUAAAAAGGUACGCAUUUUAUCAAAUUGGCAUCAUUCACUCAAAUCUCAUCAAAUCGUACAGAAGUACAGCAGAAGAGAAGUAGUAAAACAACAGAAAAAUGAAGGUUAUCUUGGUCGUCGCUACCCUCGUCGGACUCGCAUUCGCCGAGCCACCAUCCGGUUACAGCUACCCAUCAGGUUCUUACGGAGCACCUUCGUUCGAAUCUGGAUCCAGCUCCGGUGGUUCUUUCGGAGGUGGUUCAACUGGAGGAAACACUUACCGACAUGUCUACGUUCACGCUGCCCCCGAUGAUCCAGAAGACUCCCAAGCCCGAGUUAUCCGAAUCCCAGGAAAGGGUGACAAGCACGUGAACAUCAUCUUUGUGAAAACUCCAUCCCAAUCCGCCAACCAACAAACUGAAGUCAUUCUCCCAGAACAGGAUCAACAAAAGACCUUGGUUUACGUUCUUCACAGGAAGUUCGACGCUUCCACCGAUCUUAAGAUCCGCAAACCCGCUGCCCAAGCACCAGCCAAGCCUUCAGUGUACUUCAUCCGUUACGGUGGUGCAGCUUCCGGUGGUUCAUCUUCCUCCAACAAUGGAGGUACCACUGAAUCCCGACCAGUUUACGGAGCCCCCUUUUAAAUUCAAGGACAAAUUUGAAUUUAAACAAUUAAUAGCAACAACUUAUCCAAAGUCUUUCAUCUUAUUUUCACUUUCUAUGAUUCCUUUUCAUGUCUCUAAAAAUUCUGUUUUGUUUUCUCCUUGUGAUACGCUUAUCUUGAUAGUUAAGAUUUUAUUGAGUUUAUUUUCAGUCUCAUUUUCUCCUGUCUCUUCAUCCCUUGUCUUUUACACUUUUUCUUUCUAGUCGGAGUGAUUUUUAUGCGGCUGUAUUUAUGUGAUAAUUGUUUGUGAACUAUCUAAACUGCUCAGAAUAAAAAUGAUUUAUUUUCGUAAACGAAAA